ACCAAUACACAACAGACUACGAAGGCGCCGAAGAAGAAAAACGGUAGAAGAAGAAAUAGGAGAGCGUUGCCUUUAGUGAAACACGUGCAUUGACCACGCGAGACUAGCAGUAAAAAUGGUUAAAGUUUCGAUGAAAAAGAGGAAUAUGACAGGUCUAAAGAAGGCUCCAGAUGUUCCGGACAAAACUACCGAGGUAAACUUAGAGGAGUUGCCCAAUGCCGGGGAGGCAAUGACGGACGAUGAGGACGAAGGCAGCGACGAUGAACGGAGACACCAAAAGCUCCUGGAAGCUAUCAACUCUCUCGGUACUAAGCGCAAGAAAAAACUCUUCGAGCGAUCCGAGGCGAGCAUCCACAUGUCCGAAUUUACCGUAAUGGCAGAGGGAGAGGGCGCCAAAAUAAAGAUGUCGGAUUUGCUCAAGUCUUUAGACAAAGUCCCGGAUGUUUCCGGGAAGACCAAAAGGCAGCUGAAGAGCCUGCAGGAUAGCAAGAAACCUCUGGCGUGUCCUCUGAGCAAAGAGGAAAGCGAGAGGAUCCAGAGAGAUUUGGCCUUCCAGAAAGCCUCGACGGAGGUCACCAGCUGGCAGAAUGAGAUCCAACAGAACGAUCGAGCUGAGCAGCUCGUCUUCCCCCUCAGGCAAGAGCCGUCAGGCCCGAAAACCAUAGAGAAAGUCGUCACCGGCUGGAAAGCCAAAACUCCACUCGAACAAGAGAUAUUCGCCCUGUUGUCAGCCAACAAGAAGCCCACCGACAAACCCGUUUUGACCCCUGCCGAGCAGGCUUCCGUGACGGCGAUGAGCCUGCUGGACGCCAAGAUGCGGCGAGCCGAGCUGCAGAAAGUCCGAGCUCAGCAGUCUUACUACGAAGCCAAGGCGCGACGGGAGAGCAAGAUCAAGAGCAAGACAUAUCACAAGGUUCUUAACAAAGCAAAGCGCAAAGAUUUCCUCAAGAAGUUCGACGAGCUGGUGCAGAAAGACCCGACGUCUGCUUUGGAGGAAAUGGACAAAAUGGAGGUGGCCAGGAUGCAGGAAAGGAUGUCGUUGAAACAUCAGAACAGCGGAAAGUGGGCCGUGUCCAAGGCCAUCAUGGCCAAAUACGACAAAGGCGCUCGCCAGGCCAUGCAGCAGCAGCUGGAUAUAAACAAGGACCUGACACUAAAGCGGCCGACGCCUCCGCAAGACAACGAGGAAGAAGAAGAGGAGGAUGCUGAAGUCGUGCCGGAUUUUGUAAACGAUGCGGUGCAAGGAGCAGAUCCGUCGAAUCCCUGGAUGAGAGGAACGCUCCUUCUAGAUCCUGCAAGUGAGGAUGUGCCGGAUGUUCAACCGGAGCCCGCUGGAAACGUGGAGGAAGCGGAGGAAAGCGAGGUCGAGGAAACCGAAGAAGAAUCGCUGCUGCGAGAGUUUGAUCGGCGGCGAAAGACGCGCCAGACGCAGGAUGCGGUUCAGGUCGGAUUUGUGGAUUCUGGAGCAGCAGCAGGUGCUGUUAAUAAAGAGGAGGAGGAGAGAUUGGAGUUCACAAAACUUUACAGAGAAAAAGUGGGAGAUGGUCAGGAGGCUCUGCUGCAGGAAAGCCUUCACCGCAUUCAGAGUUUCGAGGACAUGGAGCUCCUGGGUGGAGCGGAGUCGGUUCCCGACAAAGCACCCAAUCAUGCCCAGCAGUCUUCGGUGGCACUUGAACCGCUUCCUGGCGAGGACAAGGCGCAGAAAACCUGCAAGAGGAAAAGGGACAUCCAAUUGAAAGACGUCCUUACGAAGGACACCAAGGUCAUUCAGGUACCUCUCGCCCCAACCGCCGCGGACGGCGAAGACUCGGAGGAGAAGCUUGGUCAGAUGGGGCUCAUCAAAGAGGCUUUUGCUGGAGAUGACGUCGUCGCAGACUUCCUGAAGGAAAAGGGGAAGCAGGAAGGCGCAGGGAAGCCAACAGCGGUGAGUUUGGCUCUGCCCGGGUGGGGGAGCUGGGGCGGCACUGGCAUCCAAAUGUCCCACAGCAAGCGCAGGAAGUUCGCCGUCAAAACGGAGCCGCCUCCCCCGAGGAAAGACCAGAACAAGCUGGGCGUCAUCAUCUCCGAGAAGAGGAACAGUGCCAUCAGCCUUCACCAGGUCAACUCUCUCCCCUUCCCUUUCAACGAAGUGGCUCAGUUCGAGCGCACGGUGUGUGCGCCCGUGGGCCGCACUUGGAACACCGAGCGCACCGUCAAGGCGCUCACCAAGCGCAAGGUCAUCACCCAGCAUGGAGCCUUCAUCCAGCCAAUGGCCAAGGAGGAUUUGCUGAAGCGCAAUUCCAGCAGCAGGAGACUUCUUUAUAAAAAGUAACAGGUGAAGACAUGUAGUUGUUUGUACAAUAACAAGAUACAGUAUAAAGAUAUAUGCUGUAUUUUAUACUAUAAGAAUAAAUAAUUAGGCAAAUGUUGAUUUGUUUGAAGUUAUUAAUACUAAAUGAGGAAUAGGCUCCAGCACACCUGUGACCCAGAGAGGGACAAGCGGUAGAAAUAGAUUAUUGGAUGGAGUACAAAUAAACUGUAAUGUUAUAGGAAAGACUUAUUUAACUAUAUCUUGAUUUGAUGCCUAAUUUUUUGCCCACAAUGAGUUUUCUUAAAGAAGGAAGCCUAUUUACACGUAACAUUUAUACCAAUAUAUAUCGUGAAGAUACUUUAUACAUCUUGAAAUGGCUUCAAGAUACCGUAUGAAGACAUGCUGUAUUAUUUGAUACUGUAUGAAUAAAUAAUGAGGCAAUUUUUUUAUUUGUAUGUUAAUACUAAAUGAGUACACAACUGUAAUGUAAUAGGCAAGACUUAUUUGACUAUAUAUUGAUUCAAUGCCCAAUGUUAAAUCUUUUUCCCCCCCAAUUAGUUUUCUUCAAGUAUGAAGCCCGUUUACACGUUACAUUUAUACCAAUAUACUUUCCUGUAAUAUAUUGAAUACAACGUGAAAUAGUUUCAUUCUGUUUUGCGUAUGUCAUUUUUUUUUAAGUAACUUAAUUUGUAUUAUCGCCGGGGAUUAUUUUGCUUUGCAUUAGCUUACCUUGAACAGUAGGGGUCAGUAAUGCAACAAUGUCUCUGAAUAACGUUUGCUACGGCGCUGCCAAAGAAGAGAGUGUACGGCACUGUUGCCAGACAUACGAUAAUUACGAUAUUUGAAUGUUGCUGUACUUAAUUCAAACACUAACUCCCACUAUGCAAGAAAAUGUGAGCCUUU